AUGGGAAACACCAAGGAGGAGAUGAAUCCCUACAGCCUGGAUACGGAGGUUGGACCCAGUGACUCUCGAGAGCAGCUGAUCGUGAAGCCCAUUCACACAUGGAAAGGUUACAUUUGGGACACCUGGGAACUGCCCAAAAACCAACGUUGGCUUUUGUUCAAGCUGGACGCUUUCGUGCUGACAUUUGCAUCGAUUGGUUACUUUCUCAAGAACAUCGACCUGUCAAAUGUUAAUAAUGCCUUCCUUAGCGGUAUGGAGGAAGACCUGUCGAUGUAUGGCAACCAGCUCGUAACUAGCACAUCCAUUUAUACAGUUGGAUAUGUUAUUGGGCAGAUCCCAUCAAAUUUGCUGCUGACCCGAGUGUCUCCACGCUGGGUUAUACCUGCGCUCGAAGUGGGCUGGGGAUUGGCUACAAUCUGCACAUCGACGGUGAAGUCCUACCAAGCGCUUUACGCAUUACGCUUCCUUGUUGGCCUUUUUGAAUCCGGUUUCUAUCCUGGCAUCCACUAUCUCCUUGGAUCAUGGUAUACCCCGCAGGAGAUUGGCAAACGUGCAAUGAUCUUCUGGCUGGCAGGCUCUAUGGGCACACUAUUCAGCGGAUUCCUGCAAGCAGCAGCUUACACCAAUCUGGAUGGCGUGGAUGGGCAUUCUGGUUGGAGAUGGCUCUUCAUUAUCGACGGCAUCAUCACUCUGCCUCUGGCCGUUGCCGGUUUCUUGUUCUUCCCUAAUCUACCACAGAGCGGCAAGAAGACGUGGUGGAUAACGGAGACGGAGCAUGAGCUCUCUGUCAGUCGGAUGAAGGCCAUUGGACGAGCCGGCACUGAGCCUUGGACCAAGGCUAAGGCUAAGAGGAUCUUGCUAAGCUGGCACACGUACCUCCUUCCGUUGCUAUAUGUCGUCUGGAACAAUGGUAGUCCACAACCUGCUAUGGGAUAUUGGCUGAAGAGUUUCAACAAAAAGCCUGCUCCUGUUCCAGGUAGGACUUUCACGGUAGCACAAAUCAACGAUCUACCGCUUCCGACGACUGGUAUCUUCAUUGUUAUGGCUUUCGUCUGGGCAUGGCUUUCUGAUGGACCUCUUCGCGGAGCAAGAUACCCUUUCAUCUAUGCAGGAGCGGUCAUGACCCUCGUGUUCAGUAUCGUAAUGCGGCAGAUGCCCCUCUACUCCGAUAUUCAUGGCCGCAUGAUAGUCUAUUGGCUCAGUCAACUCGGUAUGGGCGCAGGUCCGCUUAUUUUGAGCUGGAUCAAUGAAAUUUGCUCGGCCGACACAGAGAAGAGAGCUCUCCUUGUAGCAAUGGGCAACGACCUCGCAUACGUCGUGCAAGCUGUCGCACCCAAUUUUGUGUGGAAGACGACAGACUUCCCAGCUGCUAAGAAAGGCUAUCUCUGGUCUAUCAUCCUGCAAGUCCUACUGGUCGGAGUUACGGCGACGAUUCAGCUUCUUCUUUGGCGAGACAGACGAAGUGCAGCACGAAACCCCUCUGAACUCUCUCUGCAUACAUCU